GCGCUUGGGAAAUCACUUUGCAUUUUUUUUACACUGUGACUUUCAUUUGUAGCAGCAGGGAGAGACGCAGACGGGAUUGUGCUCGAGAUCACCGCGACCCGGAAUCGAGCAGCUUCUCAACACUCACAUUCCAAGAAUAUUUGGAGCCCCUGGCAUGAGUUAAACACAACGAAGUGGUUCGCUCUUGAGUUUUGGCGUGCACGGUCGACUUUGUCGGUCGUUUACUUUCCACUUUUGAUUUUUGCAAGAAGACUUAACCGCCUUGAAUCACAGGCAGACAAGCCAGGGAAAGCAGAAGUCUCAACUCGCCUCGGGCUCUCGUUCUGCAGGCAUGUCGCAGAAAGAAAGACCAACUUUUUAUCGACAGGAGGUCAACAAGACGAUAUGGGAGGUCCCUGUGCGAUAUAAGAACUUAUCUCCCGUCGGCUCUGGUGCAUACGGAUCUGUUUGCUCUGCAUAUGAUGAAAAGACCGGAUUGAAGGUCGCUGUGAAGAAGCUGUCAAGGCCGUUUCAGUCCAUUAUUCAUGCCAAGCGGACCUACAGGGAAUUGAGGCUACUCAAGCAUAUGAAACAUGAGAAUGUGAUUGGCUUGCUGGAUGUUUUUACACCUGCCACCAGCCUGGAGGAGUUUAAUGAUGUGUACCUGGUGACUCAUCUAAUGGGUGCUGACCUGAACAAUAUUGUGAAGUGUCAGAAGCUGACCGAUGAUCAUGUUCAGUUCCUUAUUUACCAGAUCCUGCGAGGGCUUAAGUACAUCCAUUCGGCUGACAUAAUUCACAGGGACUUGAAACCCAGUAAUUUGGCAGUAAAUGAAGACUGUGAACUUAAGGUGAGUGUCUUUUUUAGUAUUAUUAUUUUAGUUAUACUUUUGCUUGCCUGUAAACAUAACUACCUGCCUCCUCUCUUUUUUGUAUCUCAGAUCCUUGACUUCGGUCUGGCUCGACACACAGAUGAUGAGAUGACAGGGUAUGUGGCCACAAGGUGGUACCGUGCUCCAGAGAUCAUGCUUAACUGGAUGCACUACAACAUGACAGUGGACAUUUGGUCAGUGGGCUGCAUCAUGGCUGAGCUGUUGACAGGCAGGACUCUGUUUCCUGGCACAGAUCAUAUAAACCAGCUUCAACAGAUAAUGCGACUUACAGGAACUCCGCCUGCCUCUCUAAUAAGCAGAAUGCCUAGCCAUGAGGCUCGUACUUACAUCAACUCACUUCCUCAGAUGCCCAAGAGGAGUUUUGCUGACGUGUUUAUCGGAGCUAAUCCACUAGCUGUGGACCUUCUAGAAAAGAUGCUGGUCUUGGACACGGAUAAGCGCAUCACUGCGGCGGAGUCUCUGGCUCACCCGUACUUUGCUCAGUACCAUGACCCAGAUGAUGAACCCGAGGCAGAGCCUUUCGACCAGAGCUUUGAGAGCCAAGAGCUUGAUAUUGAAGAGUGGAAACGUCAGACAUAUGAAGAGGUGAUAAGUUUUGAGCCGCCAGUCUUUGAAGGAGAUGAAAUGGAAUCUUGACCUUCUCUUCUGGAUGGCAAUCAAACCAACUGUACUACUUUUACAGUAAUGCUGUUAUUUUGCAGUAUUGUAAUCAGCCAGGCAGUAGGACGUUUGACUGUUUCUUUUCUUUUUUAUGAUGUCUGCUGGGCCAAACAGAAGGAAUAGAUGUCAUAGAAAAUCCUUAUUUCACACAUCGAAUCUCUUCAAAAGAUUCUGAUAGUAAUACCGUCAACAAUUUUAGUCAUGCAAAUCCAUUUGUAAAUGUAACAUCUCCCUGAAAUGUCUUAGUUGUGCUGUCAUAAUGUUCUUUGUGUACAAUGCAUUACAUUUGCAGUACUUUUAAAAUGUUCAGAAAACAUUGUUCAUUUAGUUUCUGUUCAUAUAUUUUUUCAGUGAUAUAAUGAGCAUUGUAUUUAAAGAAUGAAAGUGUUGCUCCUUACUCAGUUUUCAUAAAGAUGGGAUUUAUUGGCUUGUACUUUGAUAGAGCUAGGAUGAAAACUUUAAAUUGUUGCAUUGGGUAUUGGUGAUACAUUUAGGCUGUUUGUAAAUAUACGUUCUAUAAAGCUUUUCGAAUCUGUAGCGGUUUUAUCUGAUCUUUUUCACAUUGUUUGUGUGUGUUUCAUAGGGAGAGAAAGUGUCUGUUUGUCUUUCUGUCUGAGGUUACUACUAUGAACUGUAUGCGACACGAUUCUGCCUCCAAUAGCUGUUUUUAAAAUGCUAUUAAUUGAAUGUUCAAAUAUGAAAGUAGAGUAAAAUAUUUAUAUACUGUUGAGAUGGUAUUUAUGAACCUGAAAAACACCUGACAUAGUAAACAUUGAAUCAAACACACCAUUGUUUACGGAAAAUAAAGGCCGAUAUUUUUCAGAAA